AUUUAAUUUUCAUUUAACUAUCUCAAAAAAACUCGCGAUUCUCCCUCUAAAAGAAUGUUCCGUAUCAUAAACAAUUUUACAAAUGAAAUAAUGAUAUUACAUUCUAUAUAAUAAUUGCAGCUGUCUAUUUUUAAUCGUCUAUAUUUAUCUACCUCUUCUCUUAUUUCAAAUGCAUCGGCAUUCUAAUCAGAUAAUUAAAAUUAAAUUAGAUGCACUUCAUUCGAAAUGUCACUAGACAAAGAAUUGGACAGUGUUGAAUCGCUGUUGCAAAAAUUGCCGGAAAAAGAUUUGAAACAAGUAUGGAGAAUAUUAUACGGGGACGGUGUAAGGGAUUUAGAACUAUCGGAAAAAUGCCUAAAAUUAGUCACGAGAUACAAAAUGGAGCUGGUAAAAUGUAAAUUUUCUUACAAAGAAGAACAACUUAGACCUCCUCGACUCGUGAGAGUAGCGCUAUUCCAACAAAAAGUGCCGGUACCUCUGACAUUUCCCAUUUAUAAAGUGAAAACUGAAAUGUACACUUUAGCGAUGGACGCCGUUAAAAUCGCUGCCAAAGGAGGGGCGAACAUAUUUUGUUUCCAACAAGCCUGGAACAUGCCAUACGCGUUUUGCAGUGGAGAAUCAAUGCCAUGGAGCGAAUAUGCUGAGAAAGCCGAAGAAGGUGCUACCACUAGAAUUUUGCAAACGCUCGCUUUGGAAAACAACAUGGUGAUAAUUUCAACGAUUCUAGAAAGAGAUGAAAAUUUCGAAGAACGAAUUUGGAACACCGCCGUGGUGAUAGAUAACCACGGGAUAGUUCUGGGAAAGCAUCAAAGAAAUCACGUACCGAAAGUGGAAUGCUCUAACGAACCGACUUAUUAUUGCGAAGGGAAUACCGGACAUCCUGUUUUUGAAACCGAAUUCGGCAAAAUUGGUAUAAAUAUUUGCUACGAAAGACAUUACCCGUUGAAUUGGCUUGGAUUGGCACUUAAUGGUGCUGAAAUUGUGUUUAAUCCAUGCGGUGCGAUUGGCCAAGAAGCGGAGCUGCUGUGGACCGUAGAAGCGAGAAAUGCGGCUGUAGCAAACGGAUAUUACGUUUGCGCUAUAAAUCGAAUUGGAAUGGAAAUUUACGAACAUGAAUACGAAGACGAACAAGGAAAUUUGGUGCAUCACGAGGAUUCAGGAUUGUUUUUUGGGUCCAGUUUCGUGUCUGCACCCAAUGGAUCCAGAUCGCCUGGCCUUUCUAGGACCAAGACUGGCGUUCUAAUAGCGGAAUUUGAUUUAAACUUAUGUCGACAAGUGAAGGACCGAAAAGGAUUAGAGUUAAUGCAUCGAUUGCCGCUGUACAGAGAUUUACUUUCGAAGAUAACCGCGACCAAUUUCAAACCGCAAGUAAUAAAAAAGCACUGUCAAUGUCAAACUACGUGAUUUUUUUUACUAUUUUUUUUUAUUGUUGAAAUAAAUGAUAUUUAAUUAUUA